AUGGACGCCGUUGCAGAGGGCGCGCUUCCUGUCAUCUCCGUAUUCGAGAAUUGGAAGUCGUCCCAGCCGGUUUACACGCCGUGGUCGCGCCUGAUUGACCUUCAUCUACCUCUCCCGACGCGCUUUGCCCCCCCAGGUCCGCGUCUGACAGGACCAUCGAGAUUCGCUCCUAGCCUUCCGGGCUCGUUGCGUGUCUCGGCAAAGCUCUUCUCUGGCUCAUCGAGCUCCUCUGUAUUUUCAGACCCGAUUUACGCUACCUCCGCCAGGCGCGUCCUAGGUUCGGUCCCGGAGGAGCAUCUCAUUGCCGCUGAUUCUUGGCCCGACGACUUCGAGGAGAUCUCGUACGACGAGCUCCGCGCAUCGAUUCUCAUAGCUGAUCCCUCAUCCGCCAGUUACGCCAUUGCCGCUAACCCGUCCAUACCACCUCGGUCUCGCUCAUCCGCCUCCCGCCUCAGGAAGCUUUCUCGGCUCUCACUCAAGAAGCCCUGUCCAGAAACUGAGUGCAUACCCUCAGCUCCUCCACCCCACAACCGAUCUACCACAGACGAGGUUGCACUCGUUCUCGCGUCUCCCAAAUCGCCGAUUUCUCCUUCGCGCCGGCAUCGCGCAUCUACCGAUACCGCGCCGGUAGACGAUUCUUCUUCUGCAUUCUACGACAGUGAUCCGUUCCGCAAGGUCGAGUCGCCCACAGAGUGCGAGCACUCCGGGUUGCCAGCGUCUUUGCAGACAGUCACCGAGCGUCUGAACCCUGACGAGGCGUCUUCGCCUCCACCUUGUGUUGUCUCACCGCCUCCCGCCGCGCAAUCGACAACCAUACCUGAUUCCGACAGUGCGCAUAUAUCCCUCCGCAAGUCCCGCAAAUCGCUCAAGCGUCUCACCACUUUCACCAAGACACACCUCCUUCCAUCAUCCCGCAAGUGCGCUCCCGAGGUCCGCCAAAUCAUCCCUGGAGAGCUCACCAGGGAUAACACUCCAGAGCCGGUGCAGAACAACGCUCCGUUAGAGCAAGCUACAGAGGCAGCGCCUGAAUUCUUACCUCAGCUCUCUUUCGAGCAAGUUGACUUCUCCUCGCUAUUUAGCGACAGGAGAUCUCGUCUCUUUACUGCAGAGAAUAACGAGUACCAACCUCUGGUAGAAUCAAUACAGGUAUCAGAGCCUGAUUCAUCGGAAUACUUCCCUCGUCUGCAGUUAUUCCAUUUCGAACGCGUCGAUCCUCGCGAUCUUACUGCGUCCCCGCCAUUAUCCACGCUUGUAGGAUUCUCGCCCUCCGCGACACCAGUUCACUCGCCGUCCUGGUUGUCUCGCAACGUCAAGGAGCUUGAGCCUUACACAGACGAAGAACCGCCGCUUCCCAUUCCCCCACCUCCGUCUCCGCCGCUCCAUAUCCUUCCGCGCUCCCUGCUGCCCGUACGGUCAAGAUACAACUCGGAGUCUCAGCCCGCUUCGCCUGUGAGGUCAUCUGUUCACUUCCAGUCUCCGCCCUCUCCCAUUGCAAAUCGCCUCUCCGUCAUCCACUACCGCCAGUCCUUCACCGAAACCAGCCAGAACAUUACCUCGCUACUUGCACACGCCUCGGACUUCACAUCUGCAGAGCCCCCUACGUAUCUCGUAUCUCUAGCACAAAGAGCCUCCCGCAACUCACAGCUGCUUGCCGACAUGUCGCACAACGGAUUCGGUAAGGCCGCGCCUACGAUUGACUAUGGCGAGGAAGUCGACUACACGGAGUACGAGUGGUUCAAAGACCCGCCCCCGCGUCCAGAGCCUGCGCCACCGCCUGUCACUGAACAGUAUGUACCCCAGCCCGGUGUGAUCGAACAGAAUGAGAUGUUCGAUUUCGCGCUGAAGAGCGCACCCAAUGUUCUAUAUGCACGAUAUAAACAAUACGGCCAGCUUGGGGCCCUUGCCUGGUGCUCAGAGUUCAGCGAACUCAUCGAUGCCCUGAAGGAACUCGGCUUCCGGGGUAACAUGUUCGUCUCCACACGAUCACAGGCUCUGACGACGUGCGAGGAAAUCCUCAAGCUCAAGCUUAAGAUCGACAUGCAAAUCAUCUUGAUGGUUCAUGAUACCCGCGGAUAUUUUAUCUUCUAUGUCGCACUGGUGGUCUUAUCUCGUCGCAUUGUCGUUACUGGUGAAGUCUAUGGAAAUGCUUUGGAAUAUGAAUUGGUACUCCAAAGAAGGGAAAACGGGCGAGGCGAAAACAAGAGUAAUCCGACGUCAACGUGUGAUUAUUACUGCAGUCAGAUGCAUGCAAGAUCCAGAUACAGCAAAAAAGGCAACGUCUCUACACCGGAACAUCCCAAGUUAGCACGGUCAAAGCUGUGA